GCGAGGGGCCCCGUGCAAUUCAUUAUUAGUUUUGAAAUAGACAUUAUACAACUCAGGCUAUGCACUGCCUUUCGUUUGUUUUAUUGAAAAUUGUUAUAAUGUAACGGGCACGUGUUUAAAUGAGACACACGUAAAGAGGGGACUUAAACGCUCUUGAUUUGAUAUUCUGGUCUCAUGAUUAUCAUCACCACCAGUAUCAUUAGUAGCUAACUGGCAUUUUGUUUUCGGGGCUCCGGCGAGAAGUGACAAGAAUCUAAGACCCCUCCUCUGCAGGGCGGAGCGUGCAUGUUGAUGUCGAUUUUGUAUCUUUUUUUCUUCUCUGACACGUCCGCACUGAGUGAAUGGCAUUGGCACAUUGUCAAUCGCUCACUACCGCUGCCAUCAAACAACAUAAAGCACACACAGCCCGCGCGCUCGACUCAUAAAUUUCAGCCAGCAGAUAUUUUUGCGCAUCGCUUUAUGGCGCGUGAUUAAUUUUGUCGCCAGUUUUUCUAUUUUCCUUACUCAGACUGAGAAAACCUUUUGUACGUUUUUAUAUAUUUUUUUAUAGCUCUGGUCGCUGGUGCUGAUGCUAUAAUUUAAAUCACUUGGCAUCUUUUUUGUUCUGAUAUUUUAUUUUUAAAGGCAUUUUUUUAUUGCCAGUUAUUCACAGUGAAUGUGAUCAGUGCGUUUCUUUUUAAUUACAUACUAAUUAAUUUUGCUUAAUUAUUAGUUUCCAUCAGAGGCAUGGGAUGUUUUGUCUGCAGCUGUUUGUAAUACUACGGAUUUGCCCAAGUUUUCAAGAAGUGCACAAGGCGAAAUUACCCUAAGAAGACAGCAAUUAAGAAUUCCAGACAUCUGCGAAGGAGCCCCAACAAUCAUCCAGCUCUUCAAAGAAAAAGACAAAUUGGCAUGAAGAUUCGGACAGGAUUGAACGGGCAACCACUGUCACCUGAACGCUGAAGUUUACUUAAAUAAUAGGCAAGAAUCAUCAUCGGUAUUUUUUCUCCAAUGGACAUUCAUAAAGGAGGAUCAAAGACGAUUUAAACCUUUUUUUUUUCCAUAAAGUGAUUUCUAGGACAUCAAUUCCACUAUAUUUCAUCCGAGAUAGCGAUUUAUUGUGUUUGCUGCGUUGUGCACGAUACCGACCCGUUAAACAUCGCACAUGAAAUAAUCAAGUUAUUUUUUGUUUUUGCAUGUGCAUUAUCCGAGUUUAUUUUUAUCUAUAUCAGUGACUGAGCAGAAGCGCAUUGAUUGUGUUGCGGCGGACUAUGGACGAGCAAGCCCGGAUCAUGCAGGCUCUCGGCGGUGUCAGCCUGGCCGGUCACCCGGUACAGGGAGGCAUGGCUCUGCCGCCUCCACAUGGACACGACGGAACCGAUGGGGAUGGAAGAAAACAAGACAUCGGUGACAUUCUGCAUCAAAUCAUGACCAUCACCGACCAAAGCCUGGACGAGGCGCAAGCAAAGCACAGGAAACAUGGGCUCAACUGUCACAGAAUGAAGCCAGCCCUCUUCAGUGUGCUCUGCGAGAUCAAAGAGAAAACAGGUCUAAGUAUCCGCGGGGCUCAGGAAGAAGACCCUCCCGAUCCUCAGCUGAUGCGUCUUGACAACAUGCUUCUGGCGGAGGGCGUAUCUGGACCGGAGAAGGGCGGAGGAUCGGCAGCGGCGGCAGCAGCAGCGGCAGCAGCCGGCAGUCCCACUGACAACUCCAUUGAACACUCUGACUACAGGGCCAAACUCUCCCAGAUCAGACAGAUCUACCACACUGAGUUAGAGAAAUAUGAGCAGGCAUGUAAUGAGUUCACAACCCACGUCAUGAACCUGUUGAGGGAGCAAUCUCGCACACGGCCCAUCUCGCCCAAAGAAAUCGAGCGCAUGGUCAGCAUCAUCCACCGCAAAUUCAGCUCCAUCCAAAUGCAGCUUAAGCAGAGCACCUGUGAGGCCGUCAUGAUCCUGAGGUCCCGCUUUCUUGACGCCAGACGGAAACGGCGGAACUUCAGCAAGCAGGCCACUGAGAUCCUGAACGAGUACUUUUACUCACAUCUUAGUAACCCAUAUCCCAGCGAAGAGGCCAAAGAGGAGCUUGCUAAGAAGUGCAGCAUAACAGUAUCCCAGGGGGUGGGAACCACCAUCACAGUGGCACAGGUAUCUAACUGGUUUGGCAACAAGAGGAUCCGUUACAAAAAAAACAUUGGCAAGUUCCAAGAGGAGGCCAACCUGUAUGCCGCUAAGACAGCCGUGACUGCCGCGCACGCAGCAGCUGCCGCAGUCCAGAACAGUCAGACCAAUUCGCCCACCACACCCAACUCCGGAUUCCAGAUGAAAGAUGAAGAAUUUCAGCUGGACUCUGCAGAGAACAAAAACACUCUAUUAACCAACAUGUUCACUGGUUCGUCAGGUUCUUUUAACCUCCCAAACUCGGGGGACAUAUUCAUGAGCAUGCAGAAUCUGAAUGGGGAUUCUUACCAAGGGGCACAAGUCGGAGCCAAUGUGCAGUCACAGGUGGAUACCCUGCGCCAUGUUAUCAGUCAGACGGCAGGAUACAAUGAUGCCCUGGGGGGGAAUUCCAUGUAUAGUCCACAUGGCUUGAAUGGUAACGGGGGAUGGCAGGAUGCUAUGACUCCAUCCUCUAUGAUCUCCCCUACAGAAGGCCCUGGUAGUGUGCACUCUGAUACCUCAAACUGAUCUCAUUUUUGGCCCCUUCCCAAGCUGUGGAUAACCAAUUACAGAAUUACAAAACCACAGACUGACCAAUCAGAGACAGAAUAAACUCACAGCUAAUCCAGAAACAUCUUCAUGGAAUUCUCAAGCAUUCAGAUCCACGGUACUUCUACAAUUCCACAAUGUGUUUUGGAAGCUGGACAUUUCUUAGCCAUCACAUCAGUCCACUGCAAUUUUUACUAACAAUCUCUCCUCUGAUUACAAUAAACUAAUACGUAUAUGUUGUUUAUUUUUUUUCAUUUGAAGUGUACAUGCUCAAAAUGUAUGCAUUAUCAAGUGUUUUUCUCUUUGGGUUUUCAUACCUAAGAUAAUUUUGCAUUUAUUAUUGCUUAUAACCCCUCUCCAUUAUUCUAAGCAACUGUAAGCUUUAAUACAGGAAUGCAAGAACUGAUAUCUACAAAAAUAUAUUCAGAUAAUGCUAACCCA